AACAGUGAAGGAAAAUAAGAAGAAACUGGAGUGUCGGAUUGCCCUGUGCAAAGCUCAGUUGAGCAAGUUUCUUAGAGAGUUCACUACAGAUACUGUUGAGUUGGAACUUCCACUGCUUGCUGCUUCUGCCUGAGGAUAUUAAACUUAUAAAGAUCUGUUUGCUUGCAAACCGGGUACAUAGAGAAUCCUUAAAUUAAAGGCACAGUUAAUUCUGAUUGAAGAUUAACACUUCCAGAUACCAUGGACUGGAAGACGUUGCAAGGUGUCCUCAGUGGCGUAAAUAAAUACUCUACAGGAUUUGGUCGGAUUUGGCUGUCAGUUGUCUUCAUCUUCCGAGUGCUGGUUUACGUCGUAGCAGCAGAGAAAGUAUGGGGUGAUGACCAAAAAGAUUUUGACUGCAACACCAAGCAACCAGGUUGUACCAAUGUCUGCUUUGACUACUUUUUCCCCAUCUCCCACAUCCGGCUCUGGGCCUUGCAAUUGAUCUUCAUCUCUACACCGUCUCUAUUGGUUGUCAUGCAUGUAGCCUACAGAAAAGACAAAGAGAGAAAGUACCAUUUGAAGCAUCCAGACUCCAGUACUAAGCUAUAUGAGGAUGCUGGUAGAAAGCAUGGUGGGCUUUGGUGGACCUACUUAAUAAGUCUAUUUUCUAAAAUCGUGAUUGAAAUUGCAUUUUUGUAUAUCCUCCACAAAAUCUAUGACAGUUUUGAUAUGCCUCGCCUAGUCAAAUGUGAAGUUUCACCUUGUCCCAAUGUUGUAGACUGCUAUAUUGCCAGACCAACUGAGAAAAAGAUCUUCACCUAUUUUAUGGUAGGGGCAUCAUCUCUUUGCAUUGUAAUAAGCGUGACUGAAAUGAUCUACUUGGUCUCUAAAAGGUGCUUCAGGUUUUGUUUGUUGCAUUGUGGGAAAAGAAACUCAGUAUUGACCAAAAGUAGGACGAACUAUCUUGGCCACAGCAUCACUCAUAAAAAUUACUUGCAUAAUGAAAAAUCAUUGGACUGCAUUCAUGCUUCAGCCCCAGAUAUUUCUUCUGCGUAACUAAAUAUUUAAAGAAUGCAAUGAAGCUUAAAAGAAAUCCCUAAUCAUUCAUCCAAAGAAGCUUCAAUGUAAUUGGCAAUUGAUCAGAUGUGUCAUUUGUAAAAUAUAUUAUGUAAUACUAUGUAAUAUGAACAUAUUUACUGUAAUUUGUCUUUUUUAAAUCUGUAUGUGACAUCAUAAUAGCACCAAACAUUGUACAAAUGACACAUCUGAUCAACUGGGCAUCUACUACUAUUUAUAUUGAAGCUUCCCUGGAUGAGAUGUUAUGGAGUUCUUUGAGAUGGAUUGGAUUCUCUAGUGUGGGUCUCAGAGAAAGGGAUCUUUCUCAUGCCUGUCAUUUGGAAUUCUUAAUGGACAAUUAAAGACGAAGCAUUAAUGGGGCACCAUGGAUGCCUGUAUGUGGUAGGGUCUUCCACCUUCACACGCAGGGAGUGCUUACAGUGCCUAGAUGUGUAUUGCCCUUACCAUCUCAGCAUCAACAACACAUGUCGGCCAAUAAAUGUACAUUAUUGAUUCUUUAUUUAUAAUUUAUCUUUUUUUCCAUUAACAAAGGGCAAAGUGAAAAUUUACCAAAAUAGUGCUCAAAGAAAAGUUUAUCAUGGGUAUGAAAUUUUGAAAUUAGACAAAUAAUUAUUACAUUUACUUUUAAACUUUUUUUCAUUUAUUGCUGAAAAUUCCAAACCUUGCAGAUAACACCAGUAGAAGAAUUUAUGAAGAUGGGUUACUGAAACCAACAUAGAAAAAUAAAUGCGUUCAUAUUGAAACAAUGUGAUGGCCAAAGCACUUUGUUUCCAUUUCAACUGGUCUUAUUUCAAAUCUGCCAUAAUUUCACAAUACUAGUCAAUAGCUCUGACAAAAUCAUUAGGAGUCAUUUCUUAAAAGCAAGAUCAUCACAAGCUCAAUUAUUUGAGUCAACACUUUAAAUCCGACCUUUUAUUGUACUGAUAUAUUUUAAAAGGAAUCAGCAACAGGCGGUUUUUUAAAACAGCAGUUGCAAUCUCUUGGCUUUGGAUCCGAUCCGUUACACUAUUAUCUAUUAUAAUAACCAUAUAACAAUUACAGCACGGACACAGGCCAUCUCAGCCCUUCUAGUCCAUGCCAACCUCUUACUUGUAAAUUAUUUUAUUUACAAGCAGCCUUUUAGAACAAUAAAUAAAGAUAAGGCCAUAAAGUACAAAAUAGUUAAAGUUCUGGCUUCUGGUUGAAUAGAAUUUGACCGUGACCACUCUACUGUUAUCACCACAUAUGAAACCUGUAAUGCUAAAAUUGCAAGGUAUUUGCACUUGGAAUAGAGUUAAGCAGAAGCAAGCGUGCAGAAUUUAUUUACCUAACUGGCUGAGAAUAAAGUUUGUUUUAUCAGGAGCUUCCAAUAUGCAAAGACUGAUCAGGGGCUGAGGAGGGGUCUCAGCCUGAGAUAUGGACUGCUUAUUCCUCUCCAUAGAUGCUGCCUGACCUGUCGAGUUCUUACAGUAUUUUGCGAGUGAUACUCUGGAAUCUGCAGCUGCAGUAUCUGUUGUGUCCACUAUCCAAAAGCCUUUUUGGAUCAAUUAAAUCUUAUAAUAAUGCUCUUAAACUCAUAGAAAUAAUGCUACCUGGAUUUUUAUCAUAUGUUCACUGUCUAAACUGAUACUUGAAACAUUUUUUUUAGAAAUGACUAAUUUCUCAAUUUAUGAUAGAGAAUUAAGCAGUAGUAUGUCAUACAGCAGAUCCUUUAAGGUAAUGAAUGCAAGGACGGGAACAAUUGCAAUAUCAAGGCAUAGGAGAGACAGAAUUGUGCCAUUAUCAUAAUUCCAUGUUCUGAAAGAGGUCAGUUUCUUUAUCUCUGGUGAUAAAAUUUCAUCCUUUGACAGCAAACAUUUUCAUGGAUAUUCCAAUAAUAAAUCUAAAAUAUGAUAGAUUUCAUGCAUUCAUAAAGUAUUUUGUUGACAGGCUGAAGUAUGGGCUUGAUGUAUCUUUUGCCCAUUUUAAUUUCUGCAAGUAUGAUGAUCGAAUACAGCCACACCACUUGUAGACAAUCAUGAGCCAAUGAAGGCACCAACACAAACUCAUAAAUUCCACUGGCUUAAUUCACUUUAACACAUUGUUUGAAUCAAAGAAAAAAUGAUGUUUACAAUUCAACUGUUUACAUAGCAGCAAUAUACAUCAAUGCUUUUGACGUCAAAUGUAUAACAUUAACAAUACCUGCUGCAGAGCAAAUGAACAUUUCAUAGUUUAUGUUAAUACUGUAUAUUUCAUCAAAUCUCUCCAUGCAUUUUUCUAUGAGGUUACUUCAUUAAUUGUUAAAUUUAUAUUGCCAGAAUUUACAAAGCAACUAAAAAUAGUGCACCUCAUAAUUUGUUUUGCCUCUUUCAAUAGAAGGUAGAGAUUAGAAUGAAAACUUGUUCUUAAUAGUUACUUGAGAUAUGUCAAUGAUUUUUAAAUUGUCCUUCUGUUUCAAUACAGGAAAACUGAUUGAUGAAAUAUAUUGUUGUUUGUACUGUCCAAUACUCUAGUUGAAUGUUGAAAUGGAAAAUAUUAUUUAAGUCACAUUUUAAAGUUAAAUUGAUAAAAACAAAAACAGAUGAAUCUAUUGUAGGUUAAUUUUCAAUUUGCAAUCAGUUAUGAAGUUGGAGAUGCAAAUCGGACCUUUUGAUCUUAAUUUCCAAUCAACGUCAGUUGUAAACUGAGGACUAAGUUUAAAAAUCUACUUUGCAUUUAUCGAAUAAAAGCUUUAUUUUGGACAGAACUAUCAGUUUCGGCAAUACUUGAAGGCUUUUGUUUAGAAAGGGGUUUUAAUAUGUUCAGGAUAUCGCAAUAUUUGUACAUAGAAUUAAUUUAUUUUUAAAAAGUAGUUGCAAUGAAGGAAGCAUCACCUGUUAGACUCAAUAAACUGGUCUAGUUGUUAAGUUGAAUGUAAAUGGAAAAAACACUGUGCAGAUUACCGAUCACAGCCCAUUCCACAUUCCAGCUGAACAUUUAAUGUUAUUUGUAAAGAUACUAGCUGUUUUCAUGUUAACUAUGAUGAAAAUUAUAUUUGGACAAAGUCAGAGGUAUGAAAAUAUCGUUCAAUUUUUCAUACUCCAGGAAAAAAAUAAUCUGUUGAAAGCAUCCUGUGCUUACAUCCCCUCUUUGGUGUUACAGGGAUCAAAUAUUUCAUCUGUGGAGCUGAAUGCAUUACUUAUGUCAAAACUUUCCCAUGGAAAUAAUGUCAUUUAAGGAAAACACUUGCCAAAUUUUCUGUAGUUUUCUUUAAUUGUUAUGCACUAUAUAUCAUUGCUUAUUUAUAUUGUGUACAGUUUAACAAAUUAAUAAUGAAUUAAAA